AUGUCCUCGGACGCUUUCCCCCUAUCAGCACGCGAUGGGCUCCUGAAGGCAUAUCGCAAUCGCUUGCUUCAAGAUCUACCCGUGCCCUCGGCGAUCAUUGAUGUUGCAAAGGUAAAGGAAAACUGCACGGCCAUGCUCAAUGCCGUCAAAGAACUUGAUGUCAGCUUCAGAGCUCAUAUCAAAACUCACAAGACCGCCGAGAUGACCAAGCUCCAAGUUGGCGAAAACUGCAAAGAUGUACGCUUGGUCGUUUCUACCGUCAUCGAGGCGGAACACGUAGUACCUCUGCUCCUGGAAUAUAAGCAAGCUGGCGCCAAGGUGAAUGUCUUAUAUGCGUUGCCGCUUGCUCCUUCUCAGGUCAGUCGCUUAGCAUCAGUCGCCAAAAGCCUGGGCGAAGGCGCCGUCAGUGUGAUGAUCGAUGAUCUUGAGCAAUUCAAGUCACUAAAAGAGUUCCAUUCACAGGCUGGUUUCCCCGCAUCGGUCUUUCUGAAGACCGACUGUGGUUACCACAGGGCUGGACUUGGUCCAGGCUCUCAAGAAAUGAUUAACCUCGUCCAGGCUGCUAGUGAAGGGGAAGAACAAGGACUUCUGAAGUUACUGGGAUUCUACUCACAUAAUAGUCUAUCAUAUGGAGGCUCCUCACCCGAUGAUGCAAUGGAUAUGCUCAAAGUCGAAAUUGAUGUAUGUCAUCAAGCAUCAAAGCACUUCAAGGUAGACCGCAAAGUCCCAUUGGUGGUCUCUGUGGGAGCAUCUCCAACAGCGCUCUCGCUACAGAAUAUUCUUCCCGCAAACCCUGCUACAACCUCGUCGGCAACAUCUCUUAAGGAGAGUCUAGAGCUGGCCAAGACUAAUUUGGAGCUGGAGAUCCACGCAGGAGUCUACCCGACUUUCGAUAUCCAACAAGUCGCAACGAGCAGCCGAUAUAUGAGCAAAGAUCCUCAUGACACCAUUGCUGUUUCCAUUCUUACCGAGGUCUGUUCUCUUUAUCCUUCUCGAACCGAGCAACCUGAAGCCCUGAUAUCCGCCGGAGUUCUUGCCUUGGCUCGAGAGGCUUGUAAGGACUAUCCCGGCUGGGGGGUAGUGACUCCUUGGAACAUGCCCAAGGGCUACAGCAUCGAACCAGAGAACCGUAUCAUUGUGAAUCGCACUUCCCAAGAACACGGGAUUCUAGCUUGGGAGAAGGAUGGUACUAAAAAACCACAGUUGCCUCUGAAAUAUGGCCAGAAGCUGCGCAUUUGGCCAAAUCACACAUGUAUUACCUUGGCAAAUUUUGGCUGGUAUCUGAUUGUGGAUUCCAGCACUGACAACCCAGACACAGUGAUUGAUGUAUGGGUGAGAUGGCGUGGGUGGUAG